AUGUCUUCUGAAAAGCCCAUGACCAAGGUCCUCAUCUUUGGAGGAAAGACAGGAUGGAUCGGUGGACAGAUGCACGAUAUGUGCAAGGAGAAGGGAAUUGAGGUUGUCAAUGCCGAAACUCGCAUCGAGAACCGCGAAUCCUUGGCCAAGGAACUCGAUGAAGUGAAGCCUUCCCAUGUUCUCAUGUCGGCUGGAAAGAGAAGAAGGAUCCAUCAAAGUUGGGGACAUCUUCCUCGCGACAUUCAAAGUUCCAAUGACAUUGACGCGGAUUGUCUCGG